ACUGCAUCAACAUUGGAGACGAUAAUACUCGACGCAUGCCAGCCGUCUCCCGACACUGUCAAUCGCACUACAGCUUAAUGGUUAUGACAGUUGUGCUUGGAGUUUAAUAUUCGACAAUUCUUAAUAUUCUUACGCCCAUUUCACUUUCUCGCGGAGGAAAUCACACUUGACGAUCAACAUCUCUUUGUUUGUUUGGAAGCUUUGAGUAUAUGCGCUAGCAUACAACGCCAACAUGGGGAUCGCUCAUUACGAAGGUGCUCGCCUUCAACCUCGCACCAACAUUGAAGAUGUCUCUUCAGCUUCUCAAAAUGGAGUCGCAUCGUCUUCCUCGAUCUUUCGUCGGCUCGUCAGCCGAGAGAACUGCCAAGAAACGAACAGUUGUGCAGCAUCCAGCGCCAACUCGAACUUGGUAGUUCCCAUCGUUGUCGCUAUUGUGGUUCCUAUCGUUCUCAUCGCAAUCUUCCUGUACUACCUCCACCGUAAGAACAUGAAGAGGCAGAUGCUCGAGGAUGCGAAUGAUCCUCACAAGAGCCUGGACUUUGGACUCGACGGGGCCGGCGCAAAGAAGUCUGCCCGCCGAAGUCUCUUUAUGGGAGGGGGUGAGAAGGGCCUCAACCAUAAACCCAGUCAGCUCUCGAUGGACAUGAACCUCUCUUCGCCCUACCUGCUGCCACCCGGUCUGCAGGAGUCGCGAGAGUCGCUGAACUCUUUGGCUAAGUCUUUGGGAAAUGAUAAUCAGGACCCUUACCAUCCUCGUAAUUCUGGCAAGCCUGGUAGCAUGAAGAUGCCCCCAUCUCGCAUGAACUCUCUGCCUGAGACGCCAGUCUCUGCAUCCGAUUCCAAGGUCGAUCCAUUUGGCACUCCCAAGGCGCCUGCGCCAACUCACCAGCCAAACUCUCCUUUCGACGAGAAGGACGGAUUCCACCCUGCUCCCAUCAUUCCUGAGAUUGGAGUCGUUUCCGAUUUUGAUGAGAAGCGUGACGGCGCCACCGUACAGCCACCUCCCGCAGUGAGGAGCAAGACUCCUGAGUUUGAGUUGCCCAACUUCUCUUCGGAGCCCGCGAACGAUUUCCCUCUACCUCCUGCCAGGGAGCAUGAGGCCACCGGUCUGGGUUUGAACUUCUCUCUUCCUCAGCCUAAAUCCCCAACUGUGACUUCCCCUGAUGCUCCCAAGUCCGCUCCUCUCCCCCACGACCGCCAGAGUGAUGGUUCCAACUAUCAGUCCUACACCCCCGCGGCUGACAUUUCAAGUUACUACGAAGACCACGAGGACGACUCCCGUGGUCGCACUAUGCAACGUACCUCAUUCGUUGAGGAUACACCUCAGUAUCAAGGCCUAGGAGUUCCUCAACAGGAUAACAAGAGACUCUCGGUCGGAUUCCGCCCCCUUCCUCCGGAUGAGAUCACUGAGUCCGAGGAUCCCGAAUACCGUGCCAACCGUAUCCGUUCUUUCUACAAGGAGUACUUCGAGGAUACCAAGGAGGCACCCCCACCUAUGCCCCCCAUGCCCCCAAUGGCUCAAGGCAGAGGCGGCCCUCAGUACUACGAGGAUGUUGACCAAGGCUUCAUGAUGGGCGGUGACCAAGCUUACUUUGAUCCUGAGACAAAUGCCUUUGUCAUGCCCUACGCUCAGCCCGUCACUCGCCGUGCCAUGACACCUCCUCCAGCUGGCCGCCGCCCCGGCCCCGGCCGUCCUGGACCUCGUCCUCGUGGCCCCAACGGUUCUAUCGGAGGCAUGAGCUACCAGAGCGGACCUGGAGGGCGUUCCCGCGCCGGUUCUGCUCUUGGCCCUCGACCUGACUCUUCAGCCUCAGCCCGAAUCCGACAACCCCCCAGGAAGAGACUUCCACCACCCGCACCCUUGACCACCCUUCCAACUCCCUCCAAGCUCAAGGAUGAUAACAUUGCCCUCAUCAACGCCGCCGACUUUGCUCCUCCCAACACUAUCCGCGACACUGCGGCUGGUCGCUCUCAAAGUCCCUUCGGCGAGCGACGACCUUACUCGCCCUCUGUUCCUGCUGCUCAGACUCUUGUCUCGCCUUUCGAGGAGCUGACCGCUCUUCCCAGCCCUCAUCUUCUCCGCAAAUCCAGUACAUUCACUGGACUUGACUUCGCACCUCCUAAGAGAUUCAAGGAUUCAGACACCAUGAGCGACGCUGGCAGCAUCAAGAGUAACCGCAGCGGCAUGUCCCAGGCUCAGCUUGGUGCCAUCCGCGGCGGAGCUGGACGUGUAAGUCGCCUGCCUGGCGACCAAGUGUUCACCCAACAAGCGUUGCAAGAUACAUUGAAGCCUUCAUGGGGAAUCCGACCUUGAUGAAAGGUAGCGCAACAACACAUGCAGUGGAUUGGCCGAUGGAUUGGCUACCACUGACUUGUCAAAAACUUUCAUAGUGUUGUCUUUUGACAUUGCAUUACACACAGCGUGCGCCGGUCUUGGUCAA